AUGGCAGAGGUACCUCUGAAAGUGUGCAUUGUGGGCUCUGGGAACUGGGGCUCCGCCAUUGCGAAAAUCAUUGGUAAUAAUGUAAAGAAACUGCAGCAGUUUGCUCCCACGGUCAAGAUGUGGGUGUUUGAAGAAGUGAUAGAUGGGCGAAAACUGACAGACAUCAUCAACAGUGACCACGAGAAUGUCAGGUAUCUCCCGGGGCACAAGCUGCCGGAAAACGUGGUGGCCGUCCCAAGUCUGACGGAGGCCGUGCAGGACGCAGACCUGCUGGUCUUCGUCAUUCCGCACCAGUACAUCCACAAGAUCUGUGACGGGAUCAGUGGGAAGGUGUCCAGGAAGGCGCUGGGGAUCAGUCUCAUUAAGGGGCUGGAGGAGGGCCACCAGGGGCUGAAGCUCAUCUCCGACAUCAUCCGCGAGAAGCUGGACAUUGACGUCAGUGUGCUCAUGGGCGCCAACACAGCCACCGAGGUGGCGGAGGAGCAGUUCUGCGAGACAACCAUCGGCAGCAAGGCGGUGAAGAACGGCUUCCUAUUCAAGAAGCUCCUGCAGACCCCCAACUUCCGCGUCACCGUGGUGGACGACGCGGACACCGUGGAGCUCUGCGGGGCUCUGAAGAACAUCGUCGCAGUGGGCGCCGGCUUCUGCGACGGCCUGCGGUGGGGGGACAACACCAAAGCUGCGGUCAUCCGCCUGGGCCUCAUGGAGAUGAUCGCCUUCGCCAGGAUCUUCUGCAAGGGCCAGGUGUCCACCGCCACCUUCCUGGAGAGCUGCGGCGUGGCCGACCUCAUCACCACCUGCUACGGAGGCCGCAACCGCAGGGUGGCCGAGGUCUUCGCCCGGACCGGGAAGAGCAUCGAGGAGCUGGAGAGAGAGCUGCUGAAUGGACAGAAGCUCCAGGGGCCGCCCACGGCCGCCCAGGUGCACCGCAUUCUCAUGCACAGCGAUCUGACCAAAAAGUUCCCCCUCUUUACCGCCGUCUAUCAGAUCUGCUACGAGCGCAAGCCCGUGCGGGAAAUGCUGGCCUGCCUCCAGUGCCACCCCGCACACAUUUAA